GAACUUCCUAAUGUGGAACGUCCAGUUUCUGCGUCACCGACUCCAGCGAGUCCUCACCUGUUAGCUUCGAAUACAAUCAAUCCUACCCUGAACUAAUCUUGAACCAUUACCUCUGCCUUUGUAUUCUGCUUUGAAAUGAACUCACAAUAGCGCGUGCAGCAUUUUUAUAUCUGAAGAAACUCGUCGCUCAUAUCCCAAUACACUACCCUCCAACUCACCGCCUCUAGCCUCAGGCUUGCAUAUCCAGCCGAGUGUCUGAAUUUUCUCCGACUUCUGUGAAAUCAAGCAAGGCUAUCGAUAAAAUGCAGCAACCCAGGUCUGCGAGCCAUGGUGUUCACCUCGCGUUGGCUACCUCCGCAGGACUAGCACAACCGUUUGCACAGUCGCCUAUGCCCAAUGGUCCUGUCAUCGCUGAAGGAUGGGUUCUCAAGAAGAGAAGGAAGCGUAUGCAAGGGUUUGCUCGGCGAUACUUCGUGCUUCACCAGUCGGGGCUGUUGUCGUAUUCGUUUGAGCCGGGAGAGCCGGUCAGGGACCAUAUUCACCUGAGUCACGCUGCUAUCUCUUCUGCGCCUGGCCGGAAGGAUAUUCACAUAGAUUCGAAUAAUGCCACUUUCCACAUCAAGUGCCUCAGUUCCGAGGAUUUCAGUAUGUGGAUGACUGCGUUUCGAAAGUUCAUUGCCCUAGAUAAUGCAACGCUAGGAAGAAAAUCCUCCAUUUCCCGAACCGCACCACGGUCUUAUAAUCGAACCGGUGCUUUGAUCGAAGAAAUAGGGAUUACCAUUGGAGAGUUGCGCGGUGCCUUUCAAGCACUCUCUGAAGAGGAAGCCAGACGUAAGGCAGCACCACAUUCCAAACACAGAACAGAUAAGGAGAGAAUCAAGGAGCAUGCAAAGGACCACAGUGGUGCUGUUCUGUCGCUGUUCAAAGGAAAGAAAGGAAGUCACAGUAAUCACACCUCGCAUGACACAACGUCCGAAGUUGGUCGAUUCACGGAUAUGAACAGUAUUACAUCACUCGAUACGCCUUUACAGCGCCUUCAGUUGGCAAUCGAAUCCCUUCAGCAUCAGCAUUCCGCCCUUCUGAAGUCCGUAUCAUCGUUAAAUCACAUCGAUACAAGUCUGCCAGCAUCUCGUGGCUCGCCUCUGGCCACUACUGCGGAGGAAACAGUACCUGGAUCGCCCUCUUCUGGCUAUGGAACUAUCGGAAGAGCAUCAAGACGUCUAUCAGCCAUGAGUACCCAUAGCGAUGGAAGUGUCUGGUUCGACGCGCCUGAUUUUGAUGGGGCAGAGGAAUAUAUAUUAGAUGCCACUCCAGGUGAAGAGGAACAACCCAGCCAGUUCUUUGACGCGGGCAGUCAGAGCUCUGCGAACAACACUGAUACCUUGGACUACAGUGACUCCGAGUCUGAAGUCGAGUCAGUCGAAAGACUGUUGGAGGAGAAGCCCUCUGAGCCUGUUCCCGUCGAGAACAUUCAGGUCACACGGCGUACUCAUUUGCCUUCUCCACCAGUUGGAGAUGAAGGAAGCCUCUUUGCUGUACUCAAGAAGAAUGUCGGAAAGGAUCUUUCCCAAGUUGCACUGCCUGUCUCAUUCAAUGAGCCGCUGACGUUGCUGCAACGGACAGCUGAAGAGUUGGAACAUUAUGAUCUUCUAACUCAAGCAGCGCGCGCGGAAACUUCAGUUGAACGUAUGUGUUACAUUGCCGCCUUUGCUGUCUCUACAUACGCAAGUACGAAGUACCGUUCCGGAAGGAAAGGCUUCAGCAAUCCAAUGUUAGCUGAGACAUUUGAAGAUGUGAGGAUGAAGUUUAUCGCGGAGAAAGUAUGCCACAACCCGGUCGUAUUAGCAUAUCACGCCGAGGGCGAAGGUUGGGAGCUUUACGCGACUUCUAGCGGCAAGACGAAAUUCUGGGGCAAGAGCCUUGAGAUCAUCCCACAGGGCACGAUUCAUCUGAAUAUUGGGGAAGAACAUUAUGAAUGGCAGCGCCCAUCUUCGUUCAUGAGGAAUUUAAUGAUGGGUACGAAGUAUCUUGAGCAUUGCGGCAAGAUGACUAUUCACAAUAGUCAAACUGGUGCUCGUUGCGUGCUUGAAUUCAAAGAGAACGGAUAUUGGGGACCCACUAAUCUGGUAGCUGGAACCGUUUUAUCUCCGACCGGCCAAUCGGCAGCCCAGCUAGAAGGGAAGUGGGACGAACAGAUGUCUCAGAAGCUUGAUUCUGCACAUCUUCGAGUGUUGUGGCGGACGACUCCAUUUCCGAGGAAUGCACCGGAGUACUAUGGGUUCACGUCGUUCGGAAUUACUCUGAACGACAUUACGCCUGAUUUGGAGGGAAAGCUGCCGCCAACUGACUCCCGCUUCCGGCCGGAUGUUCGUGCUCUGGAGGAGGGGAAUCUUGACUUGGCGGAGCAAGAGAAAGCUCGCGUCGAAGAGAUCCAGCGAGAACGUCGACGAGGCGGUAAGGAGCGUACUCCUAGAUGGUUCCAAAAGGUAAACGGCGAAUGGAUAUACAUUGGCGGAUAUUGGGAACAAAGGGAGAAAGGUUGGAACGGCAUUGAUCCCCUUUGGUGAUCUUGCUAGGAUACCUCCAUUGCAUACACCUAUAGCUGCUAAUACGAUAUAUACCUUUGUUUCGUGUGCAGGCUAGGCACAUGACUACUUUCGCACCUGUCUUGUGAUGUUGCAUCAUCCUCAUCCGAGGCCUUAUCUAUCAAUACGCCAAGACACGCCCUCUACCUCAAGAUGUG